AUGUACUGGUCAAUGCAGGUGCUGGUAUACGUGGCCAGACGGACUGUAUCAUUGGGAAAUGCUAGUUAUUAUCUUCCUGGAAAGCCCGAGAUCACGAUUCAAACAUCGUACUAUCCCCUUGGAGUUCCAGAGGAAGAUCAUGCGGUCGCUUUGCUGCCCAUCAUACAUGUGGUGCAGAACGUCAAUAUUACCCUUCGACAGAUCUUGGAUCGCCACCGGACAGAAGAUGAUGUUGUUUGGACAUCGGUCUUCGAAACAAUCGCCCUACCUAGUCGACUGUACUAUACAGCACUGACAGAGGAAAAGCCUCUACCAGGAGUCCCGGUAGGUGACAAGGAUCUUUAUAAUUUGAAAGGACUCAGAACCGGGCCCGGAAAUCGGCCAACGCAGGAUAUUAUGAACCUGACUGGUGUCGUUUCAAUGAGCACAUACAUGGACACACCUGUAUUCGUCGCUCGGUUGGCUGCUGACUUUGCAUCGUGGAGGAAAGCAUGGUAUAACGCUGGCAAUGAUUUUCUGAAGUUGUACAGGAAUUUUCCGGACAAGUUGAUAUAUCCUAUUGACACGCUGGGGAUUAAUACCAUAGCAUAUCCAUCCCCGGGCUUCUUUCCGACAACCAACACUGCAGCUCAAGCACUCUAUGACGAUUUCACAGCGAAACUGGAGACGCUACUUGGCACAAAUAAGACGAUAUUUGAUCUUUAUACCGAGUAUAAAAAUCACAUCAGGCUCUACCCUCUGGAUCAACUCGGAGCAGUUUGGAUACCGAUGACCAACUAUGAGCAAUUCCACAAUGUUGUUUCAUCGUUCAUUGACGAUUAUAUAGAAGAAUAUGGCGGCGACCAUCCUCAUCCCGAUCCGCGUGUAGCGAUGAAUAUGGCCUGGGGCCAGAACACUGAAGCGGCCUUCGCGGAAGCACUUACCAACAAGACGAUUUUCAAGGACUGGAUCGAAAAUUAUAGAGACGAUCACCCGACAGAGAGCCCCGAGGAGGCCGGUCCUUCAUAUGUGUGGAAUCAAUAUAGUAUCAACCAGUUGGCUAGUGUGCCUGAAGUGGUAUUGAUAUUGGGUCAAAUUCACUAUACGAGUAGAGUGACUCAGACGAUGAAACAGUUGCCCGUUACAGUGAGCAUUAAUGCUGCAGCAGGAUGCGAUUUGAUAUUAUAUCAUUCGGUAGAGGUUCUUGCGCAACAGGGUAUCAUUCCAGACAAGGUGUUGACUGGACAGAUGCGCCCUUGGUGCACGACUGUAUGGUGUCGCAGAUACCAUGUUGCCCGAUCCGCAUAUGGUUCGAGGACGCCAACUCCUUCGGAUGGGCAAAAGUCGCAUUUAUCAUACAAAAGUCCCUUUUACUUCGAAACAGGAUAUGCGAUUCAGCCCAAACGGCCAUCGAGACCUUUCCCACCUCCGUUCGUCUCGAUACCAUCAUCUUCAUUCUCCGAUCCUUUGACAACUCAUUUUCAGAGCCAGGAUAGGCGGCCAAAGGUGAAGAAUGAGUUGAUUAGGGGGCUGACGAAUGGAGACGAUGCUAUUCUAGCUAGUGAGUUUCUGCUGGGUGUCAACGACGGGGUGGGCGCCUGGCAAACCAAACCGGAGGGCCAUGCUGCGCUAUGGUCCAGGUUAAUUCUCCAUUUCUGGGCGCUCGAAUGCGAACGACAGGUUACCUGCAAUUCACAGCCCGAUACCAUCACAUUUCUACAGACUGCAUAUGAAGAAACUAUAGCAGCGACUAAUAGCUGGCUCGGCACAACAACAUCAGCAACAGCAUUACUCCACUGCAACCGUCAACAGAAUGGCACCACACCAUUGCUAUACGUGACCAACAUCGGCGACUGCCAAAUCAUAGUCAUACGGCCAAAAGAUAGAAAGACACUCUUCAAAUCGCGCGAACAGUGGCACUGGUUCGACUGUCCAUAUCAACUCGGCACAAAUAGCACGGAUCAACCACGAAAUGACGCCGUCUUAAGCACCGUCGAACUGGAAGAAGGCGACAUUGUUCUUGCGGUCUCCGAUGGUGUCACAGACAACCUCUGGGGCCACGAAAUCAUGGAUAACGUUCUUGAGAGUAUCGAGAAAUGGGAGUCCGGGGACGUGGGUAAUCUUGUGGUGGAACAAGAGACUGGCCCUGCAGAAUGUAUGAUUUUCACUGCUAGGCGCCUUUUGAAUGCGGCACUUGCUAUCGCACUGGACCCUUUUGCUGAUAGUCCUUAUAUGGAGAAGGCUAUUGAUGAGGGUCUUACCAUAGAGGGAGGCAAAAUGGAUGAUAUCAGUGUCGUUAUUGGACGAUGUACAAAGAGGUCGGAGUAA